UAACUUUGGCGGCAUUCAGUUCAUUGUGAAUAUGAAAGCUAGCGUAAUGACGCAGUACUAAUCAAAUAUAAUGGUAUGUGGGCACUAAUGUCACUGAAAUAAAUAUCAUCGGUCAUGUCACUAGGAACUGAAUACUCAGACAAUUUUGAAUUUUAUGACGACAGCAGUGGACAGCAAACAGUGACACCUAGCGGCACUAUUUCACAUCAGAGUCAGCAGCCCGGUUCUCAGUACUGGGACUCUAAUUUCCCGAGUCUGCUCAGCAGUCUUGGGGUGGAGGCCAAACUUCCGAAAGUUAGAAGAAUCCGGCCGCCAUUGAAGAGACAGAUCUCGGGUUCCACGUCACAAAAGACACCGAGAGAUUCAUCAAAAGCCAGAACGAGGGAUCCCUCAUCCGAGGAACCAUGGAGAAGAAACGAGGCCAGAUGGUUGAAAGUAGAAAAUAUUGUAAGGGAAAAGAUGGAACAGUUUGAUCAUUAUUAUACACAGCUAGUGUCACACAAUGAAGCCACACGGGCAGAAAACGAUAGAAACUCCCAUCAACUGUACAACAAACUCUGGCUGGAGGAGGAAAAGAGAAGAAAAGCGGUUGUUCAGGGCUCUACGUACGACAGAAUUUGGAGGCACCACGCCUUGAUGAGACAGAGGGGUGAGGAUGAAUGGCGGAGAAAAAUGGAGAGGAACAGUACACUGCAAUAUGACUCUGUGGACGUGUCUUUUGAUGAAGAGGCUCUCAAGUAA